UUUCCAACAAAAUCAAAACUCUGUUGAUAAAAAAAAAAACACACACACACACACACAUUUAAAAGUGUCUGCGUGUUCUUUGAAUUCUAAUGGGAGAGGGGAAAAAACCAGAGGAAGCUCAGAAACCGGAGGAGCCUAAGAAGCGGGAGGAAGUAAAGGAGGCGGAGGAGAAGAAAUCUGAAGAAUCCAAGGCGGCACCUCCGCCUAAACUACCGCCGCCGCAAGAAAUAAUAUUGAAAGUGUACAUGCAUUGUGAAGCUUGUGCUAGAAAAGUCCGUCGGUGCCUCAAAGGCUUCGAAGGAGUUGAGGAUGUAAUAACGGACUGUAAAACUAGUAAGGUGGUUGUUAAAGGUGAAAAAGCAGAUCCACUUAAGGUUUUAGCUAGGGUUCAGAGGAAAAGCCACCGUCAAGUUGAGCUUAUCUCUCCAAUUCCGCCACCGCCACCGCCACCGCCACCGGCGGAGGAGCCAAAGAAAGAAGAAAAGGAGGUGGUCAAAGAAGAGAAAAAAGAGGAGCCUCCCAAGAUUACAGUGGUGCUGAAAGUGUACAUGCAUUGCGAGGCUUGUUCUCAAGAAAUCAGAAAACGCAUACAAAGAAUGAAAGGAGUGGAGAGUGCAGAGCCUGACCUAAAGAGCUCACAAGUGACAGUGAAAGGGGUGUUUGAACCGGAAAGCCUUGUUAAUCACGUGAACAAGAGAACAGGAAAACACGCGGUGAUCAUGAAGGUCGAAGUCGAGAAAAAAGAGAAGUCGAAAGAAGGAAAGAAACCAGAGGGAGGCAAAAAGGAAGUAGAAAAGGGCGAAGAGGGUGGAAAAGAAAAGGAGGAGGCUGCGGCUGAUGGCGGCUCAGCCACUGAACCACCACCGACUAAACCGGAGGCGGAACUGGAGGAGGAUUCUAAAAUGGAUGUGAAAAAGAAUGAGUUCUACUAUUACCAGCCUCAUCCGAAUUUCCAUGUUUACCCUGAUCAGAUGUUUGUGCAAGACUUGUAUGAACAUCCUCCACAGAUGUUUAGUGAUGAGAAUCCAAAUGCAUGCUUUGUUAUGUAAAUGUUGAAUAACUUUUGAGGGGUAAAAUGAGUAAUUGUUCUUCCUCUCUUUGCGCACUACAUGUUGCCCACUCUGGGGUUUCUACAGGGAAGCUUUAGAAUUUUGCGGGGGCUAUAUGCACCGUUUAGUAUAGUAUUUUGUCAUGUACAAUGAAUAACACACAUGGUACUAAAUUACUAAUGUGUGUACCUUAAUUCUGGUAUUGUUUGAA